AUGAGUGAGAUGCCUUCAACCAGCUACUCCGUGAUUCAGCCCCACUCUUCAGAGAGUGAGCAGUCUUUGUCUGUUCGCCCCUUCAGUGUCACCGAACCAGUUGUGGCCAAACGGAUCUGCUUUUACAAGAGUGGAGACCCUCAAUUUAAUGGGGUAAAAAUGGUGGUCAAUAGCCGUUCUUUCAGAUCAUUCGAUGCCUUGCUUGACAACUUGUCAAAAAGAGUACCAUUGCCUUUCGGGGUGAGAAAUAUCACUACACCACAAGGGAUACACAGUAUCAAUAACUUGGAAGACCUUGAAGAUGGGAAGUCAUACAUUUGUUCCCAACAGAGGAAAGUCAAGCCCAUCAACUUGGAGAAGGCCAGUAAAAAGCCAUUGCCAUGGCAGAUCAGCAGGCCAGUCAGUGUUCACCGUAGAGCUGUACAGUUAGCUAGAGAAGGUGAAGUUGGUGUGUUCCAGCGAGGUAGCACCGUCAGACUAAGUAACCCUAAGAAGCUGCUUGUUUUUAGAAAUGGCAAUGUAAGAAUACGGCGCACUAUGGUCUUGAGUAAGAAGAACACACAAAACUUUGAGGCCUUUCUGGACCACAUCAGUGAGUUAAUGCAGUACCCUGUUGUGAAAUUAUAUACAACUGAUGGAAGAAAGGUCCCUAACCUUCAAGCUCUGCUACUAUGUUCUGGAGCUGUUGUAGCCGCAGGGAGAGAGCCUUUUAAAGCAGGGAAUUAUGAUCCUCGUAGGUAUUCACUACCUAGUAAACUGCCUGGGGUCUCCAGUCAUGUAUACCCCAGAACAAAUGCCAAGUCAGAGGGCAGAAAAAGUAAGAAUUGGAAAGUAACCGUUUUUACCGGUGACCGACCAUCUGCUGGUACCAGCUCACAAGUUUAUAUUACAUUAUAUGGGAGUCAAAGUAAUUCAGGAGCAAUCUUUCUAUAUGGAGAGGAGAAAAAGGUGUUUGAAAGAGGAAACGCAGAUACUUUCAUUAUUCAUACUGAAGACCUAGGAGAUCUCCAUAAAAUACGGAUAGGACACAAUAACUCUGGAGAAACUCCUGCCUGGCACUGCAAAGAGUUGCAAUUGCAGAAUCUUGAAACCAGGGAGCAGUUUGAUUUCCCUGUAGACAGGUGGCUGGCACUAAACCAAGAUGAUGGUGAAAUCUGUCAGGAACUUCCUGUUUUACAUCAGGGUCAACCCAUUCUUCCAGUGGCAGUGUACGAGGUGCAUGUGGUUACAGGUGAUCUAUGGAAUGCUGGAACAGAAGCUGAUAUCUACAUUGCUAUCUAUGGAGAAAAGGGUGACACAGGUUCCCGACAGCUCCUUAGGUCAAAGAAACCUAGGAAAUGUGUAAAAGGACAAACUGAUAUCUUCUUACUUGAAGCUGUGCACCUUGGAAAUUUGCAUAAAAUUGUUAUAGGACACAAUGGACUUGGCUCAGGAAAUGGUUGGUUUCUGGAGAAAAUUGUAGUCAAGGAUCCUAUCACUAAUUCGGAUCAUAACUUUGUGUGCCACAGGUGGCUUGAUGAAGGAGAAGAUGAUGGCAAAAUUGUUAGAGAACUGUAUGUCACUGAUAAUUACAGUUUUGCUGGGAGGCAAGAGCUGGAAAUCAAAAGAGCGGAAAUGUGGACAUCAGAAAAGUGGAAAUUUCAGAAAGGCAAUACACUUCAGUUUUACAACAAGGUGUCCCAUGGAUAUAUAUGUCUCAGUCCAGAUGGAACGGUUCAUGCCCAUGGCGAUAAGAAAGACAAAUAUGGCCUUUUCGAUGUGUCUAUCAAGAAAAGAAAUAUAUGUGUGUUUAAAUGUCAUCCCAUGCCACAUCUAGCGCUUGGUCUUGCUCAUGGUGCGGUCGCUGGAAUGAACCAUGGUGACCUCCACUGUGAGCUGCAGGUUCAUGUUCAGCCAAAUCGUUGCACAAUUCUGGAAUCUGCCCGGAACCCAGGGCAAACAGUUACUUUCAAUCUCCAAGGCACCAUAGUUGAUGAUGAUACCACAGGUUAUGCUGGACUAACAAAGGAGUUUGUAGUACAUGUAAAGGGAGUGUUCCACAACAGUGCUAUAAUUUUGCUCACUACUAGUUACUGCCAGUCUCUCUGCCUGAUGCCUGAUGGGAGCUGCAGUGGAGCAGGAAAUCAAUCUGACAACUCUUACUGGAGAGUACAUAAAAUCAGUUCUGGGGUCUGCAUGUUUGAAAGUGUAAAAAAACCAAGAAUGUAUCUGAGGAUCAAGGAUGGUCAGUGUAAUGGAACGGGCACAGGAGAUGUGGACUGUCAUUUUAAAGUAGAAAAGAAUUUAGAAAGUGGGUCUGUAAGCCUAGAAUCUGCACGAAACAGAGGGAUAUAUGUUGGCCUUCUACCUAAUGGACAGACCAAACCAGUUGUCCAUACUGGAGAAAACAACAUUUUGUUUUACCCACAAGUUGUCAAAUUUGGUAGAGAGAAGCCUAUGGGAACAUCUGCAACACCUGCCCAGCAGAAAGAAGCGAUCAGAGAAUCCAAACACCAGCAAGCAGGAACCCCAAAUUUAGUAUCCCACAGACGACCAGACUCUCCUCUCUCAAGUAAGGAGGAAAUGAGAAAUAUCCACGAUGGUGAGUCUCCUUUUCCAUCAGAUAAUAAAUGGAAAGUGUCAGUGCUGACGGGAAAUGCAGGAACCCAAGCAAAUGUAAUUCUCUGCGUAUAUGGAGACAAAGGGAUUGCUGGACCAAUAACUCUUGGCAAAGACAACAGACAACAGCUGUUUCUACCCAGGAUGGAAAAUGCAUUUCAGGUUGAAAUUAAACAUAUUGGAAACAUCUACAAAAUCAGAAUAGGGCAUGAUGGAACAAGUGAACAGCCAGAGUGGAUGCUGGAAAAGGUGGUACUGAAACACCUAAAAAGUGGGAACAUUCUGAAUUUUCCAGCAAACAAAUGGUUGUCAAGGAGCCAGGGGAACGGAGACACUCUGUGUGAACUUCCAGUAGUAGAAGAAGGAAGAAGCCUUUAUCCAUCUGUGAUUUACCAAGUUUAUGUGUACACGGGGCAUUUGGAACGAGCUGAGACAGAUGCUUCCAUUUAUUUGUGCAUGUAUGGAGAAAGAGGAGAUUCUGGUCUAAGACUUCUUCACAAAUCUGACAAGCCUGUGAAAUUUCAAAGAGGAAUGGUCGAUCUGUUUGAAAUACAAGCUGUGUCACUUGGAAAGCUACAAAAGGUGUUGUUGUGCUGCAAGGCCUAUAACACGUCACAGUAUUGGUACUGUGAGAAAGUAGUCAUCAGAGAACCUGAGAAAAACUCAGAAUAUAUUUUCAGCUGUGAAAGAUGGCUGCCAUUUGUGUCCCAAGGCACAGUUCAUUCAGAAACAGAGCUCUUCGUUCAAGAAGAAGAUUGGAAAAUCACUGUAGUCACUGGAGGUUUUGAAACAGCUGGUACAACAGCAACUGUGUCCCUGUAUGUUUACGGAGAAAAUAAGGCUUCUGGUCCUCUUAUUCUGGGAUCGGGGAAACACCAGCUGUUUAAUGCCUACAGUACUGAUACAUUCAAGAUUAAUCUAAAAGAUGUUGGAGAGCUGUAUAAAAUCCGGAUUGGCCAUGACAAUAGUGGGCCAGAUCCUAGUUGGUACAUUAAUGAGAUUAGACUCCAAAGAAUGAACUCACUAUCAGACCGAGAAAUACGUUUACCUAUCAGCUGCUGGUUAUCUGAAGACCAAGAUGAUGGAGACACAUGGAGAGAGAUAGCAAUUAUGAGGCCUAACAAAGCACUUCUACUAUUGGUAUUCUACGAGAUCAGUGUAUACACAGGUUCAAACCCUGAUGCAGCAACAAAUUCCAAUGUGUACAUCACCCUCUUUGGAAACAGAGGAGAUUCUGGAAAACGAAAACUUCAUAGAUCAAGGACUAAUAAAGUUAAAUUUCAGCAUGGUCAGACUGAUGUGUUCACCAUGACGGCUGUAUCACUUGGAGUUCUGAAUAAAAUUCUCAUUAGCCAUGAUGGAACUGGUCCAGGCAGUGGUUGGUUCCUUGAACAGAUUGUCAUCAGAUUUCAAGAGGGAGAGGAAGGUAGAGAAGAAGAAGCUGUGUUUCCCUGUAAUAGAUGGCUAGAUGAGUACCAAGAUGAUGGGAAAAUGGAGAGAGAGCUAAUUGCCAGAAAAAAUAGUAAUGCACCAAUGGCGUAUACUAGAGGUCAAUGGAGAGUGCUGGUUAAGACUGCUCAGGAUUCCCCACAGUCAGGGGAGUGUAAACGAACUCUUGUGAUUUAUGGCUCUAAGGGCAAAAGUGGUGAUCUUCUCCUUUCUUCCCAGAACUUGGGAGAUACGUGUUUUCAACCAGGAGCAACUGAUGAAUUCCUUAUUGAAUCUGGAGAUGUUGGAGAUGUGUACAAAAUUCGUGUCAUCUGUGAUGAUUUGCCAGACUUUGAGGGCUGGCAUUUGAACUCUUUUCAGAUGGAAGAGCUACAGACUCAUCAAGAGCUGAAGUUUGACUGUAGCUGCUGGUUCUCUCUUAGCCAAGAACACCAAGAACUGGUGAAAGAAUUCCCUGCAGUGUCUGAGAACCAGAAACCUUUACCAGUGCAUAAAUAUAUUGUCUCUGUACACACUGGAGAUCUCUGGGGAGCAGAAACCUUUGCAAACCUUUAUGUAAUACUUUAUGGCAAUAGAGGAGACACAGGUAUCAGGAAACUGCAACAUUCUUUCAUCGGAGGAGAAAAAUUUCAAAGGAGUAAGGUUGAUUCCUUUUUAGUGGAGGCUGUCUCCUUGAGUCAUUUAAAAAAGGUAGUUGUGGGACAUGAUGGAGAAGGAUAUGGAGCAGGAAUGUACUUGAAGAUGAUAACAGUUAAGAAGUCAGAGAAUUCAGAUAAAGAAUGGAUUUUCCCAUGUUGGAACUGGCUGGAUACUCACCUGGGAUUGUGUGACACUGUUUGUGAGAUUGAAACAAUAGGCAAAAAAUUGACCUCUUCUUCAGAACAUCCUCAAAUUAACAAAAAGUCCUCAGGUUUAUGGAUAAUGGAUAUCAUGGGGUCUGACAUAAGCACUGGAAUUGAUCCUGUACACCUGAAUUUCAACUUCUAUGGAGACCAAGAUUGCAAAAAGUUGUCACUUCAAUUUUCAGGAAAGGCAACACAAAUCAAAGAUGAGCUAACAAACAUUGGAUCCCUUUACAAAAUUCAAAUAUCUGGUCCACAUGCUGAGCUAAAGGAGCCCUGGCAUUUAGCCAUGCUACAUAUGAAGCAUACAGGCACCAACCAAGAGAUGUGGUUAAAUUUUGACUGUUGGUUCAAACCCAAUGAGGAGAAAUGUAUUGAACUGCCAGCAUUCUGUUCAGACCAGAAUCCUUUGCCUGUUGUGGAAUAUUCCAUCCAUGUACAUACUGGAGACAAAAAGAAAGCUGAUGCCAGGGGAGAAGCUUAUCUCUGUAUUCAAGGAGACAGGGGUGACUCUGGGAAACGAUGGCUUAAUCAUUCAAAAAGUGACCCAAUCACUUUCAGCAGAGGAGAGGUGAAUGUUUUCAGAUUCAAAGCAGUACAACUUGGGAAGCUGAACCACAUCCUUGUAGGGUUUAAAAGUUUCACCAAAGAUGAUUGGUUCCUAGAAAAUGUUGUCAUAAAAGAAGGAAGUUACCCUUUUACCACAUACACCUUUGUUUACAAUAACUGGAUUAGUAAACAUUCAAAAAAAGAUUUUACAGAACUUUCGAUUCCACUGCAAGAAAUGACUGCAACAUCUGGUCCAGUGAAAGAUUUUGAUGUUAGAAGCCAAGGACAAUGGAGAAUGUGGGUGGAUUGUGCCCAUGUUCCAGAAAAGAUUCCUGUUAUAAAAGUGCUUGUGUAUGGAACCAAUGGGACAUCUCUUGCACAGAGAGUUCAGGAUUUGAAAAAUGAUCCAUUUAUGCUGAGCACUGGCGAUGUUGGCAGCAUCAUAAAGACAUCCUUUAUGUUAUCCAGCUCAAGUGUGAGUAGAGGAAUUAAACUUCUUAAGCUCCGGAUGAAAGACUUGGACACAAAAGAAGAGCUGGGCUUUCACCCUUUAAACCAAUGGCUCUUUGAAGAAGAUGGAUCAGAGACUGUGACAGAGCUAGCAGCUGUCAGACCAGAUGAAGCACCACUUAAGGUCGUUGCUUACUCAAUCAGUGUCCACACAGGAAUGUUACCUGCAUCUGAAACAGAUGCAGAUAUCUUUAUUACAAUAUUCGGGGAGAAUGGGGACUCUUCCAAAAGAAGACUUAGGUAUUCAAACUCAUGUGCACGCUUUGAAAAGGGUCAGGUGAGAACCUUCAGUUUCCGAGCAAUAGAUCUAGGUAUGAUGAGCAAAGUGCUUGUGGAACACAAUAGAUCUGGUUAUGGAGCUGGUUGGUACCUUGACCAAAUCAUGAUACAAGAAUUAGAGAAGAAUGGUGGACAAUAUGUAUUCCCAUGCCAGCAAUGGCUGGACAGUGGAGUUGGUGAUGGACAAAUGAAACGAGAACUGCAACUUCUCGGAAAAAUUAGGAAAGAGAAGCUGGCAGAAAAAUUUCACGGGACUUUGGAUGUCACUGUUACGACUAGAAGCAUUUCCAGCAAUGCUAUCAACCCUAAGUUGACUCUGACGGUUUAUGAUGACAAAGGGGCAUCUGCUUCAGUCUUCCUUCCCAAAGGAUCAUUUAAGAGGGCUGAGGCUUAUCAGGCAACACUGGAGCUGGAUAAGAAGUUUAGUAUGAUAUGCAAAGUUCGCUUGGAAGUAGAAGACACAGAUGGGGAAACAUGGCAUUGCCGUGAGGUGAAACUUCAGAACAGAAAAAGUAAACAAAUUCUAGAAUUCCCAUGUGUCCGUGAUUUUUCAGAUGCCAAAGGAUGUACAGUGGCUGAACUUCCAGUUCUCAUAGCUGGCUGCAGUUUUUUAACAGUUAAACAGUAUGUUCUGUACAUCACAACGGACUCCUCCCCAGAAUCAGGAACAGAUUCAGAUGUGUAUGUCACUUUGAAAGGUUCAAUGGGAGACACUGGCAAGAGGAAAUUACCAAGGAAUGGGGAGGACAUUUUCGCCAAGGGGAAGGUGAAUGUUUUUCAAGUGGAAGCAGUAGAUAUUGGGACUCUGUAUGAGCUUCUCGUGGAAAAAGGAAAAGGCUCUGAUUGGCACCUUGAGAAGAUUACUGUGAAAGAGCCAAAGUUUCCAGGAAAGGAGAUACUGUUUAUGGCUCAAACAUGGCUGAGAGACAAAACUGACAGGAAAAGAUGUGCCUCAGUAACUCUGAAUGUUACAGAAAUAGAGGAAAGGAGAAGCACAGCUGACUCACUGUUACAAAGUCAACGGAUGAACUCAGAAGGUUCAUGGAAGAUUUAUUUCACUAAAUGUCAUGAAGAUUCAUCAAAAGAAUUUAAGUCUUGGGAAAACAUUUCUAAACUUAUUAUGGUAUUUUAUGGAUACAAUGGCAAAUCUGAGCCAAUUUCCUUAGAGAGCAAAGUGGGAGAUCAAGCUGAGGACCAAAUAACAUACAAUGUGCAUUUCCCAUUGGAUCUGGGAACACUCUAUAAAGUGAAGUUUGGGCUUCAUCACUUGGGAGAAAGCAUAUCCCAGUUGUUUCAUCAUUGUAAAGUGCAGAACACAGUAACCCUGGAUACCUUUAGUCUCUCUAUAAAUAAAACACUUCCUCUUCUUAAUGGAGACCAAUGGAUUGAGUUCCCUGUAGAGUGGCCAUUAAGGAAAGCACUUUCUGUUGUUACAUAUGAUGUAAAGGUAUUCUUCAAUGAUACUUUGAGCAAGAUAAACUUGGUACAUAUGUUUUUGUGUAUAUAUGGAACCAAUGGAGACACUGAAAACAGAACCAUUUUGUUGCCUUCUCACCAAGGAGAGGACAAUGAGUCAUUUACAGGUCAAAUAGAUGCUGUGGAUCUGGGAGAACUACACAGAGUUACACUUCACAUUGGAAGCAAAUCACCCUGUAAACUGGAUAUUAAAGCACUGCAAUUGAAGGAAGCCCCAAAGCAAGAGCCUGUAUACAUAUUUGAAGUGAAUGAAACAUUCCUUUUGGAUGCAAAUGAACCUGAAAUAAGGAAAGAAAUCCCUCUCUCUUUUAUUACCAAAGAAGACAGUAGAUCAGAAAAUCUGAUAGAACAUAUUAUUAAAGUGUACACAGGCGACAAGAGAGGAGCAGGAACUGAUGCAAAUGUGCAUAUAAUUUUGUUUGGAGACAAGGACACAUCUCAGUUAAUUCAACUCAAGACAUCUCUGGAUCAUCGAGAUCCUUUUGAAAGAGGGAAGACUGACACAUUCAGAAUCAAAACAAAGGAAGUUGGAAGGCUGCAGAAAAUUGAAAUUGGACAUGAUGGGAAAGGAUUUGGUGAUGGUUGGUUUCUGGAAAAAGUAGACAUCACAGAUGUAUCUACAAAUGAACUGUACUGCUUCAGUUGCAACCGGUGGCUGGCUGAAGAUGAAAGUGAUGGACAUACAGUAGUGCAGCUUUAUUUGUAAUUAUACAUUCUGAGAAGCCUGUUUGAAAAUGCUUCCCCUCAACAUCAAGCUGAUCUGGGUUUUUUUGUGUUUUUAAUUGUGAAAGAAAUAUAAUUAUCAUGAAGAAAUAUCAAAACAUUACAUCACGUUUUAAUACUCCAGUGAAAAUGUU